AUCGUUGCAACCGGCUCGACGUCUCAUUCUUUCUAACGUCUAGACAGGUACCUAUUCAUUCAAUCUAUUCAUCCCUGACAGUGUCUCUAACAAUAAGAAGCAUUUUUUUGAGAAAGUAACGGUUUAGAUAGACAAUGCAGUUAGAACCGCUCUUUGAGAUCACGAGUAUAUUUUCUGUUCCUUUUCGUGUCGCGGAUGUUGUCUUCUGCGAUGCGUUUGUAACUAUACAAAUUACAUACAAAAGUCUUUUUGGCGAUUCAAAUCCAACGAGUAGUCGUGUGGUGUGCGUUCGUUUGAAAUCUUCACCAACUUCGAGAUUCUUCUGGUUCUUUUCCUUGGCUGCGACUAGAUUACCAUCAAGAUGGCCACCGAUCAAAAACACGAAAGAAAUGGCCCUCAUGAGAAGAGCUACGAAGAUCGUUAUGUAUACCUAUACGAUGUACCAAGCUUGCAAGAAAUCGCGUCUCAUGAAGUAGUUCGCAAAAUAUGGCUCAGCAAUCUAUCAACAAAUCAUCCUAUCAAAGAAAAAGCAACGAAUAUUAUCCGUUUUAGUGAAUUCCUCGGGUACUGCGACGAAUAUGGAUGGCAACAGCAGAUAAAACAGAUGAUAAACAAUUCCAAUGUUUCUCGUUGUGUUGAAACACUCGGAAAUUGCUUUGAAAACUUUUACGAAGAGAUUAAACGUUGGGUUAUGCAUCUUCUAAAAAUGGUAUUUCGCCAUACAUGUCUGAGGGGAAGUCACGAAAUGUACGGCAUUGAUCCAAAAUGGUGUGUUUGGUCAGCGAAUGGUAAAAUCGACUACGAGAAAAGUGCGAGGAAAAUUCUAGACAUCGGCGGUUUGACUGAUUUACAUAGAUUUCUCAUCAUGUGUGAAUAUUGCAUGGAAGAUGAGAUCAAAAAGUUUUCGUUGGACUUGCUGCCACUUGAAUUCGUUGAGAAAGUGAACUUUAACGCUCAUUGUUCUAGUUUUUAUUGGAUUUGUUUCCUUAAAAAUGAACUUCACAAAAUGCCAGUUGAAAAUCCCAUUCUCGCAGAUCAUGGCAGGUGGUGCGUAGAAUAUUCUGAUUGUAGAUUCAGCCAGAAAUUUUUCUGGUAUCGCUUGAGUAACGAUGAUCAAGUAAAUGUAGUUAUCGAUUGGAUUCGUAAUGGACUUCGUCACAGCCUGGACUGUACUUUUUUCAAGCAAAUUCUUUCGGCUAUGUCCUGGUUUCAGCAAAAACAAUUGUUAUCCGAAUUGUCUGAAAUGUCCGACAAAAUCAUUAUUUGUUUUGCCACGAGGAGUCGCGAGUCACGAAUUGUACUCUGGAUGUGGAAACACUUCAAAGGUAAGAUGGAUGUAGAACAAUUUCCCAAGUUCUUUUGUGACGCGAUGUGCAAUGGAACACCGACGUUAACGUUGAUUGAGAUUUGGGAGACCGCUUCUGAUCAUCAGAGGAAUUAUUUCAUUUUAAACAUGUCUGACGAGUUCAUUUCUAGUUACAUUAAAGGUCGAGUUUCCACGCCUGGUUGCAUGGAGAAUGAAAUUUUGAGAACGAGAAGAAAUUUGAUGUUGCAAAAAACCACCCAAGACGUUGUGCCAUGGCACGAUCUAUAUUUGCUGAACAACGUAGGCUUAUUACUGGAUAGUCGCCGCCGUACUCCAUGUUCUGACGAGCAGUUGAUGUUGAUGAAAUUAGUUAUUGAUUUUCUAAGAUUUUCAACAUAUUUAAAACGUACAUUUGCCACUCGAAAUCUUAAAACGUUUGACAACGAAUUGAAAGCUUACUUAUUGCAUGAAGAUGCUGCCCGCUUGUACGAACGAUUGUACAAACCCCACAUACCUUUCCGUGGUAGUGAUGAGAUUCGCCUAAUUACAAAUUUAAAUUUGUGGAACGAAUUCUGUAACUUUAAUGAAGAAGCUUUCGGAGACGAUGUAGAAGGCGCUUUGCAAUUGAAACGAAGAUUAGUAUCCCCUCUCGGGUUCGCUGCUGAUGACCCACAAUGCUACUUUAAUCUCCGUCGUGGUUUUGAUGAUUUAGUAAAAAUUGUUGAAACGACGUAUCAAAACGACGAACUGAAACGCGUAAAACGAAUUUUUUCUCAACAUUUUUUUUGUGCGAAGUUGAUAUGGUUCUUCGUGAAUUUUGAUCAAAAGUUUAACUCAAAGUUUGAGCUGUGGUGUGAUCCAAAUUCAAUUGAAGAGGAUAAGAGUUUAGACCAAAUACUCCAGAUGCUGCAAGAUGGAUCAGCAUUCCGGAGGACGAGGAACCCGAGGAACCGGACUAUAACCUGACAUGAAAAUAAUUUUAUUGUUUCACCUACCAAAACUCAAAAGAAAUAUCACUUUUGAUGUAAGUCUAUCUAGAUAAGUACUUACUAGAUAAUUAUCCCACUACCUGGGAUCGUUCAAAAAUGAAGAAUUUGUACUCUGAUAGAUAUGUGAUAGGUAUAGGUAUACCUACGUGUAAUCUUUAAUAUUAUGCAAUACAAUACCUCCUGUACAUUUUGUAAUGAUAAUCUAAUAUCCUUUAUAAAAUUUCCUAGAAAAUUAGUUGGUAUAAUCUACGUGUAAUUAAUGAUUUAGGUAAAUGAAAUAAAUGUUCUUAA